AUGCAACACUUUGAGCAAAAAAGAUGGAUUGCGAAUCCGUUUCAUGCCAAUAUCACAACUGGAAUAUCCACCAAGGCUGAGGAGGAGCUCAUCGAUUUGUCCGAAAAUACCUUUUUAAAGGAAAUUUUUAACCACCAAAAACUUGCAGAAUUCUGGCUUUCCGUUGAAGAAACUUAUCCAACUCUCUCUCUUGAAGCAGUGAAGAUUUUGAUGCCAUUCACUUCUUCUUACAUUUGUGAAACUGGAUUUUCAGCGAUGGUAGCAAUCAAAACGAAAUGUAGAAACAAACUGCAGUUGUCGAAUUCCUUGCGCCUGAAGAUAUCUUGCAUCAAAGUGGACAUCGACGCCGUUAUCAAGAAGUGUAGAAAACAGGCCCACGCUUCUCACACACCUCAUUACCUACAUUGA